GGUAUUUGUUUGCUCUAAAAGUUUUUUUUUUUUGCCUUCUCUUUGUUGAUGGGCGUUUGAUGUGAAUAGCAUACAAAGCAUUCCAAUCCAAUAUAUCCAAAUGCAUAAAGUUCUUUUUUUCUUGAAAAGAUUUUUCUUUGAGGAAAACCCAGUAAGAAUCUAGCUUCAGAGAGAAAUUUCCGUGUACUUGGCAAUAAGUUAGGGCCAAUGAGAAAAAGUGGGCCGUUCAUUGAUGGGUGGCCUUGGAAACAACUUCUGUAAUUUACCAAGCACAUCAAGUGAGAUGACAUGUGGCAGUUUCCUGUCUCAGCAACAAAGGACUUUUAUACAGAUGAGAACUGUUCUCAAAGUAGUGGACAACUCGGGGGCAAAAAAGGUGAUGUGCAUACAAGCUUUGAAGGGAAAGAAAGGGGCAAGAUUGGGAGACACCAUAAUUGCAUCUGUUAAGGAAGCCAUGCCUAACGGAAAGGUGAAGAAAGGAAAGGUGGUAUAUGGUGUGGUCGUGCGUGCUGCCAUGCAGCGAGGUCGUUGUGAUGGGAGUGAGGUCAAGUUUGACGACAAUGCGGUUGUUCUCGUUGACAAGCAAGGCCAGCCAAUAGGGACCCGAGUAUUUGGGCCAGUCCCACAUGAGCUGAGGCAGAAAAAGCAUGUCAAGAUCCUUACUUUGGCUGGGCACAUUGCCUGAGGCAUGGAUCCAUCAUUGUCCACAACAUCGAGUUUUUUUUGUUUAUCCAAGCGUUUAGAUGUUUUCAUGUAGUACCAAUAACAGAGAAAUGGAAAUGAAGAGGCAAGAAAAUAUCUACCCUUUUUUCCCUUUUCCUGUCCUAGAGGCUAGAUGGAAGUGAAUACUUAUUAGCAUCCUGGGCCAUGAUUUGUUGAUGUUUGCCUGAUCUUUCAAUGAGAACGUAAUAUAUUUGAUUAGACAAAAAAUGCCUUAAUGACUUCAUGUUGUUUCCACCUGGUUGAAUAAUCAGGAGAUCUAGUUAACCACUUUCUACCCGUAUAUUUUAUUGUUGCCACUUAAGUUUAUAGGAAAAUGAAAAUAAAAUAAGUAUAUUUUAUUAUUACCAAUCUCUAUAUGUCGGUGAAUCA